AUGGGGACUCUCAGAAGCUUUCCUGAAGGGUUAGUCAAGAACUGCUACACAUUUGGGCAUGUAACUCAGGGGAGCAAGAACCUGUUGCGUGCCAGCUUCUACUAUGGAAACUAUGACAGGCGCAACGCACCGCCGACCUUUGAUCUCCUCUUGGAUGCUGACAAGUGGGCCACGGUAGACACUGCAGAUAGCCCGGUCUUCUUCGAGCUCGUGUACACGGCCAAGAGAGAUGGGAUCAGCGUCUGCCUUGCUCAGACCUCGAAAGACCAGAUCCCCUUCAUUAACACUUUGGAGAUCAGGGGGUUAGACUCGGGCAUGUACUCACACAUAAGUUCCGAGGCUAGUGACGACCCCUAUGAUCGCAUUUGGACACCCUUCAAUGUGAGCAAUGGUUUAAGCACUGUGACCAGCGAGGCCACGCUCAUAACCACCAGUGUCCCUGACGAACCACCGCCUGCAGUAAUGCAGACAACGGCCACUUCUGGGAGCGCCACCACCCCUAUCGACCUCACUCUCAAACUCUCAGCCUCCUACGCCUAUUUAACCAUGUAUUUCACAGAGCCCAUCGAGCUUGAAGCCACACGAAACCGAUCCUUCAAUAUCUAUGGAGACGGUAAGCUUCUGUAUGGGCCAGUCAUCCCGCCUUAUGCAAGCACAGUCGAGAUUACUGCCCCUAAUACUAGUGUCUCUGCAACUACAAAGAUCUCAUUCGUGCCAACAGCACAAUCCACGCUUCCGCCUGUGAUCAGUGCCAUGGAGGUGUACCUCAUCGGUGGGCCUCUCAAGAAAGGGACCAACGAAAAUGACUUGAAAGGGUUGAAGGCCUUGCAAAACGAGUUUGAGCAACUUCAAGCAUGGGGUGGAGAUCCUUGCCUCCCUGCUAACUUCAUCUGGGAAAGGGUGGUUUGCACCAAGGAUGCAUCCCCUCGAAUAACUGCCCUGAACCUUGAGGACUUCGAACUGAGCGGGAGCCUUCCGGAUUUCAGCUCCAUGAACGAGCUACAGAUUAUAAAUUUGAAGAAUAACAGCUUAAAUGGAAAUGUUCCAGAUUUUCUAGCCGAUUUUCCCAAGCUCAAUGAACUCAACUUGGCCGAUAACGGUUUUCUCGGAGUGGUGCCUGAAUCACUGGUCAAGAACACGCACCUGAAAUUGGAGUUGACAGAGGGAAGUGGUAUUACUUGUGUUUUGGCUUCUGGAACCUCUGAAGAUUCUGGAAUAUCUUGUGAGAAGCCUGUCUCAUAUGUCAUGAAUUGA